AUGGAUAUUGUUGAAUCGAUACAUGAUCUUCCAGUUCAGGAUCCACCAGUGGAGGAGUUCUCCUCUGCUGAUUUGACUUGGACCAAAUUUGGCACUUACGAGAAUCAUGAUGAUGCAGCCCUCAUUCCUUAUGACCGAGUAGAUGAAUUUAUAAUCGGUGAAUGCUCAAAUUUAGAGUAUCCGACACGGUUUCACAUUGAGAGGGGAAGAAAAAGAAAGAAGGGCAGCUUAAGGGAGUACAGUGAUGAUGAUUUUUUGGAAUAUAAGCUGUAUUGGUGUUCUUUUGGUCCAGAAAAUUAUGGGGAAGGUGGGGGUACUUUACCUAGCAGAAAAUAUCGACUCAACACCCGCAAUCGUGCAGCCAGACCUCAAUCUAUGCGGGGUUGUACAUGCAAUUUUGUGGUGAAGCGUCUCUAUGCACGCCCAUCACUUGCACUACUUAUUUAUAAUCAGAGGCGUCAUGUGAACAAAUCUGGUUUUGUUUGCCAUGGUCCACUUGAUGGAGAUGCCAUUGGCCCUGCAGCCAAGACAGUUCCAUAUAUCUGUAAUGAAAUUCAACAACAAACAAUGUCUAUGAUAUAUCUGGGAGUUCCUGAAGAGAAUAUACUAGAGAAACACAUUGAGGGAAUUGAGAGAUAUUGUCCUUCAAAUGCAAAAGUCAAUAGCCUUGCUUCCCAGUAUGUCCACAAACUUGGGAUGAUUAUUCAAAGGUCUACCCAUGAGUUGGAUCUUGAUGAUCAAGCCAGCAUCCGCAUGUGGGUUGAGCGCAAUAGGAAAUCCAUAUUCAUUCAUCAGGAUGCGUCAGAAACUGAUCCUUUCAUUCUGGGGAUUCAAACUGAGUGGCAACUGCAACAAUUGCUUCGUUUUGGCCACCGCAGUCUCAUUGCAGUUGAUUCAACAUUUGGCAUAAAGAGACUUAAGUAUCCUUUGUGCACACUUCUUGUCUUUGAUUCAAGACAGCAUGCACUCCCUGUUGCAUGGAUCAUCACACGCAGCUUUUCAAAACCAGAUGUGUCUAAAUGGAUGACAGCUCUGCUUGGUCGAGCUCAUAGUGUUGAGCCUGGAUGGAAGGCCAGUGGGUUUUUAAUUGAUGAUGCAGCAGCCGAGACUGAUCCCAUCAGGGAUAUUUUUGGUUGUCCCGUCCUAUUUUCCCUCUGGCGUGUUCGAAGAUCAUGGCUGAGGAAUAUUGUUAAGAAAUGCAAUAACAUUGAAGUACAACGGGAACUUUUUAAACGUCUGGGUAAUAUUGUGCAUGGCAUUUGGGGUGGAAGUGAUACAGCAGUGGCCUUAGAACAACUAACCCAGGAUUUCGUUGAUCAGACUGCUUUUGUGGAAUAUUUUAAGAGCUAUUGGGUGCCUAAGAUUGAAAUGUGGCUUUCAACAAUGAGAACUCUUCCGCUUGCAAGUCAGGAGGCAUCUGGUGCUAUUGAAGCAUAUCACGUGAAGUUGAAAGUGAAAUUGUUUGAUGAUUCACAUCUUGGAGCACUCCAAAGAGUUGAUUGGCUAGUGCACAAGCUGACAACUGAGCUGCACUCAGCCUACUGGCUCGACCGAUAUGCUGAUGAAUGUGAUUCUUUUCAAAAUGUCAAGGAAGAAUAUAUUGCUUCUACGUCUUGGCACAGGGCACUGCAGAUUCCUGAUUCUGCUGUCACCUUGGACGAUAAAAACCGUCUCUUUGCCAAGGUUUCAAGCCAGAAGGACAGCAGCAUUGUACAUCUGGUGUGGAAUCCUGGAUCAGAAUUUUCCUUUUGCGAUUGUAUGUGGUCGAUGCAAGGAAACAUUUGCAAGCAUGUCAUCAAAGUCAAUAUGAUCUGUGAAAGUCAUAAAGGUUAUCAACCUUCCAUGUCUUUCCAGUCAUUUAAAGAGCUGCUGGUCAGCAUAUCAAAGAAACCAAUGGAGGAUUCAAUCUCACAAGAUCUCUCAAUGGCCUGGACUAUGCAAAUGCUUGAGCAAGUACGAAACCUUGUAGAAGUGACUAGAGCUGAAGAUAUUGGCGCCGUGGUAAACAAUCUGCCAUUGCACUGGGCAGCCAGAAAGGGCAGAACCGGUGUUGGAAAGCCAUCUACUAAUCUUGCUCUUUGUUCUGGUAAAAGGACUGCACCUAGGCAAAAGACUCGCAAGCGAAGAAGAUUGUCGAGAUUAACCUAGUUUCCUUCUGUUGCAAGGUUAGGUACAAGGCUCUCUUGUGGUACACAACAGUCUUUGAUUCAUAUUCUUUAUGAAAGGAGAUAGAAAUCACUGACAUUUCAGCUCGUUACAAGCUUUUGAUAUCCAAUCCCACAGUGAAGUUGUAGAUAAAUUAACCUAGCAGUGAGAGAUUCUUAUUUAUACAUGGUGAAAAUUUUGGUUCUCAUUGCAGUUAUGUUCAUUUCAUAUCUUUUACCAUACUCUGUAUCAUAGUGAAAAUUCUGGUUCUGUUCAACCUCGCACAAACAGUGCUCAUAAGAAUGAUUGAAUGAAGUCUAUUCAACAGAAAAAAAAAAUGAUUGAAUGAAGCAGUCAAGCAGAUAUGAU